GAGGCUGCCUUAAUGUGUGUUCAGCCUUUGGCUGUUCCUGAGGCCUGGCCUGGCUCCCCGCUGACCCCUUCCCAGACCUGGGAUGGCGGAGGCCGGCCUGAGGGGCUGGCUGCUGUGGGCCCUGCUCCUGCGCUUGGCCCAGAGUGAGCCUUACACACCCAUCCACCAGCCUGGCUACUGCGCCUUCUAUGACGAAUGUGGGAAGAACCCAGAGCUGUCUGGAAGCCUCAUGACACUCUCCAACGUGUCCUGCCUGUCCAACACGCCGGCCCGCAAGAUCACAGGUGAUCACCUGAUCCUAUUACAGAAGAUCUGCCCCCGCCUCUACACCGGCCCCAACACCCAAGCCUGCUGCUCCGCCAAGCAGCUGGUAUCACUGGAAGCGAGUCUGUCGAUCACCAAGGCCCUCCUCACCCGCUGCCCAGCCUGCUCUGACAAUUUUGUGAACCUGCACUGCCACAACACGUGCAGCCCCAACCAGAGCCUCUUCAUCAAUGUGACCCGCAUGGCCCAGCUAGGGGCUGGACAACUCCCAGCUGUGGUGGCCUAUGAGGCCUUCUACCAGCAUAGCUUUGCCGAGCAGAGCUAUGACUCCUGCAGCCGUGUGCGCGUCCCUGCAGCUGCCACGCUGGCUGUGGGCACCAUGUGUGGCGUGUAUGGCUCUGCCCUUUGCAAUGCCCAGCGCUGGCUCAACUUCCAGGGAGACACAGGCAAUGGUCUGGCCCCACUGGACAUCACCUUCCACCUCUUGGAGCCCGGCCAGGCCGUGGGGAGUGGGAUUCAGCCUCUGAAUGAGGGGGUUGCACGUUGCAAUGAGUCCCAAGGUGACGACGUGGUGGCCUGCUCCUGCCAGGACUGUGCUGCAUCCUGUCCUGCCAUAGCCCGCCCCCAGGCCCUGGACUCCACCUUCUACCUGGGCCAGAUGCCGGGCAGUCUGGUCCUCAUCAUCAUCCUCUGCUCUGUCUUCGCUGUGGUCACCAUCCUGCUUGUGGGAUUCCGUGUGGCCCCCGCCAGGGACAAAAGCAAGAUGGCGGACCCCAAGAAGGGCACCAGCCUCUCUGACAAGCUCAGCUUCUCCACCCACACCCUCCUUGGCCAGUUCUUCCAGGGCUGGGGCACGUGGGUGGCUUCAUGGCCUCUGACCAUCUUGGUGCUAUCUGUCAUCCCGGUGGUGGCCUUGGCAGCGGGCCUGGUCUUUACAGAACUCACUACGGACCCCGUGGAGCUGUGGUCGGCCCCCAACAGCCAAGCCCGGAGUGAGAAAGCUUUCCAUGACCAGCAUUUUGGCCCCUUCUUCCGAACCAACCAGGUGAUCCUGACGGCUCCUAACCGGUCCAGCUACAGGUAUGACUCUCUGCUGCUGGGGCCCAAGAACUUCAGCGGAAUCCUGGACCUGGACUUGCUGCUGGAGCUGCUAGAGCUGCAGGAGAGGCUGCGGCACCUCCAGGUAUGGUCGCCCGAAGCACAGCGCAACAUCUCCCUGCAGGACAUCUGCUACGCCCCCCUCAAUCCGGACAAUACCAGUCUCUACGACUGCUGCAUCAACAGCCUCCUGCAGUAUUUCCAGAACAACCGCACACUCCUGCUGCUCACAGCCAACCAGACACUGAUGGGGCAGACCUCCCAAGUCGACUGGAAGGACCAUUUUCUGUACUGUGCCAAUGCCCCGCUCACCUUCAAGGAUGGCACAGCCCUGGCCCUGAGCUGCAUGGCUGACUACGGGGCCCCUGUCUUCCCCUUCCUUGCCAUUGGGGGGUACAAAGGAAAGGACUAUUCUGAGGCAGAGGCCCUGAUCAUGACGUUCUCCCUCAACAAUUACCCUGCCGGGGACCCCCGUCUGGCCCAGGCCAAGCUGUGGGAGGAGGCCUUCUUGGAGGAAAUGCGAGCCUUCCGGCGUCGGGCGGCUGGCGUGUUCCAGGUCACGUUCAUGGCUGAGCGCUCUCUGGAAGACGAGAUCAAUCGCACCACAGCUGAAGACCUGCCCAUCUUUGCCACCAGCUACAUUGUCAUAUUCCUGUACAUCUCUCUGGCCCUGGGCAGCUAUUCCAGCUGGAGCCGAGUGAUGGUGGACUCCAAGGCCACGCUGGGCCUCGGCGGGGUGGCCGUGGUCCUGGGAGCAGUCAUGGCUGCCAUGGGCUUCUUCUCCUACUUGGGUAUCCGCUCCUCCCUGGUCAUCCUGCAAGUGGUUCCUUUCCUGGUGCUGUCCGUGGGGGCUGAUAACAUCUUCAUCUUUGUUCUCGAGCACCAGAGGCUGCCCCGGAGGCCUGGGGAGCCACGAGAGGUCCACAUUGGGCGAGCCCUAGGCAGGGUGGCUCCCAGCAUGCUGUUGUGCAGCCUCUCUGAGGCCAUCUGCUUCUUCCUAGGGGCCCUGACCCCCAUGCCAGCUGUGCGGACCUUCGCCCUGACCUCUGGCCUUGCAGUGAUCCUUGACUUCCUCCUGCAGAUGUCAGCCUUUGUGGCCCUGCUCUCCCUGGACAGCAAGAGGCAGGAGGCCUCCCGGUUGGACGUCUGCUGCUGCGUCAAGCCCCGGGAGCUGCCCCCGCCUGGCCAGGGAGAGGGGCUCCUGCUUGGCUUCUUCCAAAAGGCCUAUGCCCCCUUCCUGCUGCACUGGAUCACUCGAGGUGUUGUGCUGCUGCUGUUUCUCGCCCUGUUCGGAGUGAGCCUCUACUCCAUGUGCCACAUCAGCGUGGGACUGGACCAGGAGCUGGCCCUGCCCAAGGACUCGUACUUGCUUGACUAUUUCCUCUUUCUGAACCGCUACUUCGAGGUGGGGGCCCCGGUGUACUUUGUUACCACCUUGGGCUACAACUUCUCCAGCGAGGCUGGGAUGAAUGCCAUCUGCUCCAGUGCAGGCUGCAACAACUUCUCCUUCACCCAGAAGAUCCAGUAUGCCACAGAGUUCCCUGAGCAGUCUUACCUGGCCAUCCCUGCCUCCUCCUGGGUGGAUGACUUCAUUGACUGGCUGACCCCAUCCUCCUGCUGCCGCCUUUAUAUAUCUGGCCCCAAUAAGGACAAGUUCUGCCCCUCGACUGUCAACUCUCUGAACUGCCUAAAGAACUGCAUGAGCAUCACGAUGGGCUCUGUGAGGCCCUCGGUGGAGCAGUUCCAUAAGUAUCUUCCCUGGUUCCUGAACGACCGGCCCAACAUCAAAUGUCCCAAAGGCGGCCUGGCAGCAUACAGCACCUCUGUGAACUUGACUUCAGAUGGCCAGGUUUUAGACACAGUUGCCAUUCUGUCACCCAGGCUGGAGUACAGUGGCACAAUCUCAGCUCACUGCAACCUCUACCUCCUGGAUUCAACCUCCAGGUUCAUGGCCUAUCACAAGCCCCUGAAAAACUCACAGGAUUACACAGAAGCUCUGCGGGCAGCUCGAGAGCUGGCAGCCAACAUCACUGCUGACCUGCGGAAAGUGCCUGGGACAGACCCGGCUUUUGAGGUCUUCCCCUACACGAUCACCAAUGUGUUUUAUGAGCAGUACCUGACCAUCCUCCCUGAGGGGCUCUUCAUGCUCAGCCUCUGCCUUGUGCCCACCUUCGCUGUCUCCUGCCUCCUGCUGGGCCUGGACCUGCGCUCCGGCCUCCUCAACCUGCUCUCCAUUGUCAUGAUCCUCGUGGACACCGUCGGCUUCAUGGCCCUGUGGGGCAUCAGUUACAACGCUGUGUCCCUCAUCAACCUGGUCUCGGCGGUGGGCAUGUCUGUGGAGUUUGUGUCCCACAUUACCCGCUCCUUUGCCAUAAGCACCAAGCCCACCUGGCUGGAGAGGGCCAAAGAGGCCACCAUCUCUAUGGGAAGUGCGGUGUUUGCAGGUGUGGCCAUGACCAACCUGCCUGGCAUCCUUGUCCUGGGCCUCGCCAAGGCCCAGCUCAUUCAGAUCUUCUUCUUCCGCCUCAACCUCCUGAUCACUCUGCUGGGCCUGCUGCAUGGCUUGGUCUUCCUGCCCGUCAUCCUCAGCUACGUGGGGCCUGACGUCAACCCGGCUCUGGCACUGGAGCAGAAGCGGGCUGAGGAGGCGGCGGCAGCAGUCAUGGUGGCCUCCUGCCCAAAUCACCCCUCCCGAGUCUCCACAGCUGACAACAUCUAUGUCAACCACAGCUUUGAAGGUUCUAUCAAAGGUGCUGGUGCCAUCAGCAACUUCUUGCCCAACAAUGGGCGGCAGUUCUGAUACAGCCAGAGGCCCUGUCUAGGCUCUAUGGCCCUGAACCAAAGGGUUAUGGGGGUCUUCCUUGUGACUGCCCCUUGACACACGCCCUCCUCAAAUCCUAGGGGAGGCCAUUCCCAUGAGACUGCCUGUCACUGGAGGAUGGCCUGCUCUUGAGGUGUCCAGGCAGCACCACUGAUGGCUCCUCUGCUCCCAUAGUGGGUCGCCAGUUUCCAAGUCACCUAGGCCUUGGGCAGUGCCUCCUCCUGGGCCUGGGUCUGGAAGUUGGCAGGAACAGACACACUCCAUGUUUGUCCCACACUCACUCACUUUCCUAGGAGCCCACUUCUCAUCCAACUUUUCCCUUCUCAGUUCCUCUCUUGAAAGUCUUAAUUCUGUGUCAGUAAGUCUUUAACACGUAGCAGUGUCCCUGAGAACACAGACAAUGACCACUACCCUGGGUGUGAUAUCACAGGAGGCCAGGGAGAGGCAAAGGCUCAGGCCAAGAGCCAACGCUGUGGGAGGCAGGUCGGCAGCCACUCCCUCCAGGGCGCACCUGCAGGUCUGCCAUCCACGGCCUUUUCUGGCAAGAGAAGGGCCCAGGAAGGAUGCUCUCAUAAGGCCCAGGAAGGAUGCUCUCAUAAGCACCUUGGUCAUGGAUUAGCCCCUCCUGGAAAAUGGUGUUGGGUUUGGUCUCCAGCUCCAAUUCUUAUUAAGGCUGUUGCUGCCAGUCAAGGUCACCCAGGAGUCUGAAGGCUGGGAGCUCUUGGGGCUAGGCUGGUCCUCCCAUCUUCACCUCGGGCUUGGAUCCCAGGCCUCAAACCAGCCCAACCCGAGCUUUUGGACAGCUCUCCAGAAGCAUGAACUGCAGUGGAGAUGAAGAUCCUGGCUCUGUGCUGUGCACAUAGGUGUUUAAUAAACAUUUGUUGGCAG